AAGAGCCCGGCGCUUGGAUCGCGGUGCGGGGGAUGCUCCGCGGAGCAAGGGCUGAGUAGGGGGGAGGGCCGGGCAGUCUGAACAGCGAACACACUCCGGGAAAAGGCAGGGAUUGCACUCCUUUCAGUCUGGAGUAACAAUCAAAGGGAAAAAGCAAGGGGGAUGAGGAGGAAGCGAGUGAAAUCAGUGCCAAAUGCUGCUUAAAGCACGAGCCUUUCAUAAACGAGGGGCUGUGAAACCCGGAGGACACCCUGAGAUCUCUUCCCUUCGCAGGAAACAAAGAGUAAUAAACAGGGCACCAAGUGUCCUUGCUGGUGUCUGGUGAUAGAAAUCUGCUCCUCCGUCCCCCCCUCUGCCGUGCUCCUCCAGGUUUCCAUGGGCAGCAUGAGGCACCGAAGGAAUGGCAAUUUUGAGAAUUCCAGGCUCCUAUAUUCCAGCAUGUCCCGCAGCAUAGACGUGGCCUGCAGCGAUGCCGAUUUGGCCAACUUCAUCCAAGAAAACUUUAAGAAGAGAGAAUGUGUCUUUUUUACAAAAGACUCCAAGUCAAUGGGAAACUUAUGUAAAUGUGGAUACCCUGAAAACCAACACAUAGAGGGCACUCAGGUUAACACCAGUGAGAAAUGGAACUACAAGAAGCACACAAAGGAGCUUCCUACUGAUGCCUUUGGGGACAUUCAGUUUGAAAACUUGGGAAAAAGAGGCAAGUAUAUCCGCCUGUCGUGCGACACAGACUCCGAAACACUCUACGACCUCAUGACCCAGCACUGGCACCUGAAAACCCCAAACCUCGUCAUCUCUGUCACUGGGGGAGCCAAGAACUUCGCGCUCAAGCCCCGGAUGCGCAAGAUAUUCAGCAGGUUGAUCUACAUCGCCCAGUCCAAGGGGGCCUGGAUUUUCACUGGGGGCACUCACUACGGGCUGAUGAAGUACAUUGGGGAGGUGGUCAGAGACAACACCAUCAGUCGCAGCUCCGAGGAGAACGUGGUGGCCAUUGGCAUAGCGGCCUGGGGCAUGAUUUCCAACCGGGACACCCUCAUCCGCGCCGCCGACAGCGACGGAAACUACUUGGCCCACUACAUCAUGGAUGACCUCAAGAGAGACCCGCUGUAUUGCCUGGAUAACAACCACACCCAUCUCCUGCUGGUGGACAACGGCACCCACGGGCACCCGACCACGGAGGCCAAAGUACGGACCCAGCUGGAGAAGUACAUUUCGGAGCGGGUUAUCCCAGAAUCUAAUUAUGGUGGGAAGAUUCCAAUUGUGUGUUUUGCCCAAGGUGGAGGGAAAGAGACUUUGAAAUCCAUCAACGUGGCCAUCAAGAGUAAGAUUCCCUGUGUGGUGGUGGAAGGCUCUGGCCGGAUCGCCGAUGUCAUUGCGAGCUUGGUGGAGGCAGAAGGCACUCCUGCUUCCUCCUGUGUCAAGGAGAGCUUGCUCAGGUUCCUGCCCCGCACCAUCUCCAGGCUCUCGGAAGAGGAGACUGAAAGCUGGAUCAAGUGGAUCAAAGAAGUCCUUGAGAACCCUCAUUUACUGACAGUGAUCAAAAUAGAAGAAGCCGGAGAUGAAAUUGUGAGCAAUGCCAUUUCCUUUGCUCUGUACAAAGCUUUCAGCACCAACGAACACGACAGGGAUAACUGGAAUGGGCAGCUGAAGCUGCUGCUGGAGUGGAACCAGCUGGACCUGGCCAGCGAUGAGAUCUUCACCAACGACCGGAACUGGGAGUCUGCUGACCUACAGGACGUGAUGUUCACAGCUCUAGUGAAGGACAGGCCCAAAUUUGUCCGUCUGUUCCUGGAAAACGGCUUGAAUCUGCGCAAGUUCCUCACCACAGAGGUCCUGAGAGAGCUGUACACCAACAACUUCAGCAGCCUGGUGUUCAAGAACCUGCAGAUUGCCAAGAACUCCUACAACGAUGCCCUCCUCACCUUCGUGUGGAAGAUGGUUGAGGACUUCCGAAGAGGGGUCAAGAGGGAUUACAAAAACAGCAAGGAUGAGAUGGAGAUACACCUCUCAGAGGAGUGUCCUAUCACAAGGCACCCAUUACAAGCUCUGUUUAUUUGGUCAGUCCUUCAGAACAAGAAAGAGUUGUCUAAAGUCAUUUGGGAGCAAACCAGAGGCUGCACUUUGGCAGCCCUUGGGGCCAGCAAGCUCCUGAAAAGCUUGGCCAAGGUGAAGAAUGAUAUAAAUGCUGCUGGUGAGUCUGAGGAACUCGCUAAUGAGUAUGAGACAAGAGCAGUGGAGCUGUUCACCGAGUGCUACAGCAGCGACGAAGAUCUGGCUGAGCAGCUGCUGACUUAUUCCUGUGAAGCCUGGGGAGAGAGCAACUGUCUGGAACUGGCAGUGGAAGCCAGAGACCAGCAGUUCAUUGCCCAGCCAGGUGUGCAGAAUUUCCUUUCCAAGCAGUGGUACGGAGAGAUUUCAAGAGACACUAAGAACUGGAAGAUCAUACUGUGCCUGUUCUUUUUCCCUUUAAUAGGCUGUGGUUUCAUCUCAUUCAGAAAAAAGCCUGUGGAGAGGAGUAAGAAACUCUUCUUGUAUUACGUGUCUUUCUUCACCUCCCCCUUCGUGGUCUUCUCCUGGAAUGUCAUCUUCUACAUCGCUUUCCUGUUGCUCUUUGCCUACGUGUUGCUUAUGGAUUUCCAGAAGGAACCCACUGCCCUGGAGAUCAUCCUCUACGUGCUGGUCUUCAUUCUGCUUUGUGAUGAAGUGAGACAAUGGUACAUGAAUGGCAGUAAGUAUUUCUCAGAUCCAUGGAAUGUUAUGGAUACACUGGCAAUCUUCUACUUCAUAGCAGGGAUUGUGUUCAGGCUUCACUCUGAUGAAAGCUCUUGGUAUUCCGGGAGAGUCAUUUUCUGUUUGGACUACAUAGUUUUUACUCUGAGGCUGAUCCAUAUUUUCACAGUUAGCAGGAAUCUAGGACCCAAAAUUAUUAUGCUGCAGAGGAUGAUGAUAGACGUCUUCUUCUUCCUCUUCCUCUUUGCUGUGUGGAUGGUGGCCUUUGGAGUGGCCAGGCAAGGCAUCCUGAGGAAGAACGAGCACCGCUGGGAGUGGAUCUUCCGGUCGGUCAUCUACGAGCCCUACCUGGCCAUGUUUGGCCAAUACCCUGAUGAUGUGGAUGGUACCACCUACAACUUUGACCGCUGCACCUUUUCUGGGAACGAGUCCAAGCCCCUGUGUGUGGAGCUGGAUGCCAACAACCAGCCCCGCUUUCCCGAGUGGAUCACCAUUCCCCUUGUCUGCAUUUACAUGCUCUCAACCAACAUCCUCCUCGUGAACCUGCUAGUGGCCAUGUUCGGUUACACAGUUGGAUCAGUGCAAGAGAACAAUGACCAGGUGUGGAAGUUCCAGCGUUACUUCCUGGUCCAGGAAUACUGCAGUCGCCUGACUAUCCCCUUCCCUUUCGUCAUCUUUGCCUACAUGUUCAUGGUGAUGAGGAAAUGUUUCAAGUGCUGCUGUAAGAAGGAAAGCAAAGAGCCAUCCAUUUGUUGCUCAAGAAAUGAGGACAAUGAAAUUCUGGCAUGGGAAGCUGUCAUGAAGGAGAAUUACCUUGUCAAAAUCAAUACCAAAGCAAAUGAUUCAUCAGAAGAGAUGGUGCAUCGAUUUAGACAACUGGAUGCAAAGCUCUCUGAUUUGAAAGGCCUUCUGAAAGAGAUUUCUAGCAAAAUCAAAUGAAUGCAGCUGAAAUCCAAGAGCAGCUACCUGAGCAGAGUACCAGUUCCCGAAGAGUGAUUUCUCUGAGCUGGCAGUAACCACCAAGCAGGAGGGAACUGCUCCACCAGAGCGGCAGUGUCUUGGCAGGAGUCACUACGAUUUUCUUGCUAUUUUUACUUUUUUUGACAAAACAGCCCUCUGUGCUUGUUGCAAGGUGAUGGUAAAGCAUGGGAUGACUGUUUAUGUACUUGCAGGACUCCCAUGUUACCCAAACUCUCCUUUUUCUCAUCUUCCCCCAAGUCCGGUGGCAGCAAUUAGUCCUUGUCAGCUGCUGUUACAAAGCACUCCUAAUUCUGAGAGUUCUGCUGCUGUUGCCAAAAUCACUUUGCUUUUCCAUUUCACUCAAAGGGGCCUGUUCUUGGGUUUCCUUUAGCCACUAAUUGCUUGUCAUAAGGAAUCAAUGUCCCUUCCCAUUCCUCUGUGUCAUAGCCAGAUGUAGGUUGUUCUUUGCAUGCUCUGUCUGUCAGACCUGCUGAGGUCUGCAAUACUGACGUGCCAGAAUACAGUGCAUUUUAGCAUCAUCCCCCUGUGGAAAGCCUUUGGUCCAACCCUGUAUCCACCUUUUGAGCUGUACAUGAACACUGUGGAGUUCUCCCUGCUCUCCCUGGACUGUGCAGCAGUGUAGAAGCUCAGCUAUUACAACCCUAUACGGCAGAGACUUUUAUUCAUCUACGAAGUGUUUCCAAAGGCCUGGCUUGUUUGGGAAUUUGUAUCCUGGGAGCCUUGCAAUUCAUUUGACUUUAGCAAGCAUCUGUUUGCUGAUGUUUGCAUUUGGAGAUGGAGAAGAGCUUGUGGGCGAGCUUUUGAUAUUGUGCUGCUUCAUGUGGGGAGAUGGCUCUUUGUGCUUUCUGUCUAAAGGAGCAGCUGAAUUUUGUCUCAUUUUGUGCAGUAUAGCUGGGUGCACAACCACCUCAAGGCACUUCAAAUGGCUUUUAUUUUCCUGGCAAAGCAUUGUAUCCAUCUUCAUUCCCAGUGUCUAGGAAUCAUAGAAUUACAGAAUGCCCAGAAUUGGAGGCUAUCCACAAGGACCAUCCAGUCCAACUCCUGGCCCUGCCCAGGGCACCCCAACAAUCUCAUCCCGUCCCUGGGAGUGUUGUCCAAACAUUCCUUGAGCUGUGGUAGCUUUGGGGCUGUGCCCACUGCCCUGGGGAGACUGUUCAGUGCCCCAGCACGCUCUGGGGGAAGAACCUUUUCCUGAGAUCCAUCGUAAACCUGCCCUGACACAGCUCCAGCCUUUCCCUCGGGUCCUGUCCCUGCUCACAGAGAGCAGAGAUCAGAGCUGUCCCUCCACUUCCCAGCGAGGAAGCUGCAGACCCUGGUGACGUCUGACUUCAGUCUCCUCUUCCCCAGGCUGAACAAGCCAGUUGGCCUCAACUGUUCCUCAUACUGCUUCCCCUCUUGUCCUUUUCCUCAUCUUCGGGGCCCUUCUUUGGAUGCUCUCUAAUAGCUUUGUAUCCUUAGGAUAUUUAUAUCCUCGUUGUAUUAUCAGAAAGGUUACUGCUCUUCCCUUCCUGCAUCUCAUGACCUAACUGUACUGUGCCGUGCAUUACACGAUCCUGAGGCAGACAGCACUACCAAUAGCCGUGUUACUUGUUUCCAUGUGAUAAUAUCGGUGUUUUCCUGCUAAAAAGUUUCCAAAGGGCCAGGCUUUCAUUGUCUCCCAUGGCAGUUAGCGCCCAUCAUAAAUUCUUGAGAUAAGUUUCCUUUCUAGAAAUUAUUUUUCCCGCAUCAGUCGUAUACCUUGGAUGUGAAGAUUGUGCUUUCAGUUCAUUGCUUUCUUCUAUAAAACGUGCUGUGUAUUUGCCCAACUCAGCCCUGCGGCAUCCCUGGGCAGGAUGGAGUGUGGCCAGGCUGGCCCAGUGUGGUGGGAAGGGAAGCACUUCUUGGGGGAAACUGGGCAGGUUGCUCUCUCUCUAGGCAGCUCUCCAACUGCCCCUCCAGGACAGACCGUGGGACUUGAUAAGUGAAAGGGAGUCGUUAAAUACUGUACAUUGAAAAAGCUGCUAAAUCGUGUAUGCUCCCAGUUAAGCCUGGAUUUCUUAGUAUGGACAAGUUUUUCCUUUGAAGUUCUAAUUUUUAAUAUUUUAAUACAGUAACACUUCAAUAGAAAAUAGUUAAUAAAGAACUAAUGUAGAGAUAUUUUAGGCCAAAGUCAUGUACACUUCUAAUGUAAUAAGUACCUUGCAUUUUUGCUUAACUUGCUGAGAAUUUUUUAACUUUUCCAUAAGAGAUACGCAAGUAAAGACAGACUGGAAAAAGAACUUCUGCAAGUAGAUAGGAUACAUCUCUUCAACUGACAAGUACGCAAUCAGCAUUGGACAUUCAAGGUUGGGAAAUAAUUCAUUGAAGAUGAAAAGGAUACAUCAUACAAAGGAUUUUUAUGGACCAGAAACAAAGGACUUAGAAAGGUGGGAUUUAACAUGAAUGUGCAAUGACCUUUGCAAAUAUAACAUAUAAUUUUGGUUUUGUAAUUCCAUGGGAAGCAUUUAUGGAGGAUUAUCCCCAAUACUUCUCCAGUGCUGUCAAUAAAAAGAAAAGCUGCUGAACAUUGA